ACCAACAUGGCGACCGACUGGGAAGAAGUGAAGCGACUUGCAGCUGAUUUUCAGCGAGCCCAGCUGAGCACAACAGUGCAAAGGCUGUCCGAGAGGAACUGCAUCGAAAUAGUGAAGAAACUGAUUGAACUGAAGCUAAUCGACGUCGUCUUCACCAACGAUGGAAAAGAGUACAUCACACCCAAGCACCUUCAGAAGGAAAUUCUCGAUGAGCUUACUGUGGCAGGAGGCCGCAUCAACAUGGUUGACCUGGCCCACAUUCUCAAUGUUGACCUCAGUCACAUUGAGGCCAGGUGCGCAGAGCUGGUUCGGACCGAGCACAGCCUUCAAAUUGUUCUGGGGCAGCUGAUUGACAGGUCCUACCUUGACUCACUGGCUGAGGACAUCAACGAGAAGCUUCAGCAAGCAGGCCACAUCACAUUUGGGGAGAUCACGAAGCAGUAUGACUUACCGCCUGACUUCCUCGAAGACGUGAUUCACUCGCGGCUGGGGACGGUGAUUCGAGGUCGGGCUGACCCUCACGACAGCCGUCACAUCUUCACCGACGCCUACGUCACCCGGCACAAGUACCGUGUCCGAGGUGCACUCUCGGCGGCCAUCAGGCCGGUGACCCUGAGCAGCCUAGUGAAUGCAUUCAACUUCCCAGACAAGUUAUUGUAUGGCAUGAUUGAGGACCUCCUGAAGGAAGGCCGCCUGGCGGGCACCCUUGUCGGAGGCCGUUCGGAGCGUGCCUCGUACGUGCCGGACCUGUACUCCCGCUCGCAGGCCAACUGGGUGGAUGCCUGCUACCGACAGAACGGUUUUCUUGAGUACGAUGCCCUGGUGAGACUAGGAAUACCAGACCCCAAAGCCUACAUCCGUCGUCACUUUAAGGACGAGUCACUUGUUUUCCUCAAGUCGCUGUGCAUUGGCCAGACGCUACUGGCGCAGGUUGAAGCCGCUAUCGACGAGGCUGCUGGCACGGGCUCCUGGGUGGACGUCGCACCUCUGCUACCAUCAGUGUUCACCCCGGAGGACGUGUCGGGCAUCGUGCAGUCGGUGCUCAAGUCGCGGCCGCGCAACGCCAGUCAGUCGGUGCAGCAGUUGCUGGACACCAUCAUCAUCAGUGAUGCCUUCAUGGAGACCUGCGUGCGGUCUUUCGACCCACUCAUGACCACAAAAGCUGAACUGGACUCUCAGAAGGGUGUGAUCUUCCUCGAAGCUGCACCAGCGCCACAGUCGCACCAUCGCCAGGCGGCCCCCGCUGCUCCCACGCCAACCCCAGCUGAGGACAGGCAGGAUAAGAAGGAUGAACGCCGCAAGAAGGCAACAGGUGGCAAGUCAGGUGGUGGAACUCAAGGACGAGAGACCAAGACCAAGGCGGUGAAACCCAAAAAGCAGCAGCGACGCGGCCGUGGUGGAGGUGACUCGGACUCAGAAGACGAUGCUGGAGACGGACCGAGCCAUUCCCACCGCUCCAAACAGCAGCAGGAACUGGAGUUCAUGACAGUGGACGAGAUGCGGGUGCAGCUGGAACAGCUUCCACUGCUUCGCGAUUGCCCGCCGGAGCUAAGUCAAAGCAUUGCCGAGAAGAUCCACAGGCCACUGACGCGCAAGUACCAGGAGGUGGCUAGGUCGAUUUUCCUGGCGACAUCGAGUGCGUCCGGCGCUGCGCGGCGCAAGACGUUUGCCGAGCUGCAGGAGAAGGUCUCCUCCCUGCUGCUCAGCAUCCAGCAGUUUGACCGGGGCCUCAAGGUUCUGCCCGCAGGGGAGGAGCUUCAGUCCCAGCUGGCCAAGCAUCUCCUAAAGACGCUGUGCUCGGACCUGACCAACCUGGUUGUAGGAUACUUGGCGGCAGAGCAUGCCAAGGAAGCGGAAACACCGGCUAGCAUGGCUCCUGAGGUGCGGCAAAAGCUGAUUCAGAAGCUUCAAUCCGACGUCAGGGGUCCAGUGCUCAAGCUUCAUCAAUCGCUAUCAGCAAAGACGCUGGAAGACUUCUUGGCCGAUGUGGACGUGGUGCUGGGACCAGGCGUGUGCGACAUGAUUAUUCGCUCCGACAAGAAGAAAGAGAGGCAGUGGCUGUUGAGCCACCGCCAGGCUCUCCUGUCGCAGCUGUCGGAGGCUGAGGAUGCUGCGCUGUGCCUGCACCUGGCGGUGCUUCUCGUGGCCCAGGCCCAGACGCAGAAAGCACUCCACGCCUCGGGACGCUUCGUGCCACAGAUUCUGUCUGCUCUAAGAACACAGUUGCCACCAGACACGUUUGCCCUUCUACACCAAGCGCAAGAGCUCGUCAUGAGGCACCUGACACUUGACGACUCGUCCGAUGAGAAAGAAUCGGUUGCUUCGUCCUUGAAGGAGCUGAUUCCAAAGCUGAAGGAGGUUGGUGCAACUUACAAGAAGCAGGGCCCGACCGAGGAGUGAAGACUACCCUGACAUCUUCCACUAUUGUUCCAGUGCCUUCUAUGAACAGAAAAAGCUGGCCGUGUAUCGAAAUGGUCGAUAGAUUGACGACAUAUUUUCAGCUGCCAGUAAAAAAUGGUCCAAAAGCACUUCAAGCAGGCUAGCAUUUCGUGUCGUUAUGCCCUUUUUUGUGUCAUGGAUUAGACUUUUGCAUAAGUGAAACCCUUUCGCAAUAAAGAAGCUAGCUUUCCUAGCGGUACUUUGGUUCACUA